AUGGCUUCUACACAGGACAUCCCUGCUCUCCUUCGCUUCCUCAACCAAGAGGCCAAAGUCCCUCUCAAGCAGGCCAUCGGCAAGGUGCCCAAUCUGCGAGCUGCGAGCCUCAACACCGCUCUAGACAUAUCAAAAGCCGAUUUCGCAACGCUCAAAGACAUUUUUGGGGAUGAGAAAGCAGCGCGACAAUGUCUCAAUGCGGCAAAACGGGUGUCGAAGAAACGGACGGUUGCAGAUCAAGAUGGCGCUACAGCGGCAUCUGCGCCAUCCCCAGUCAAGAAGGCGAAGGCGAAGGCGAAGGCGACGUUUGGCCAGCCACUGAGUGGUGCGGAGCUCGAGGCUGAGCUUGCACUACCGGCAGCCGAGAUGAAUGAAGAGGUGUUGAAGGCAACGGUGUUAUACACCAAUCGUGCGCCUUUGUUGCUUGCAUUUGCUGUUACAUUGGUCAAGUACACGAUGCCUGAGCAGCCAAUCUCAAGUAGGUUGAGUCUCGCCCAAGCAGUCACAUCUAUGAAUAGCAAGACGAAAGCUGUGCACGUUGGGCUGGACAAGGGGCGGCCUGCGGAAGAAGAAGGGUGGGGUGAGGAACAGCCAGUCAUACGUAUCAUGACGCGUGAGAUACGGGUUAUGAAGCGGUGGGGGUACGAGUGGGAGGAUGAAGGCUACGGGACUCAGCGAACAGCCGAUUCUUUGCCCAACACAGCAGGUGAGAAAAGAGCGAAGGGGACUGCACUGUGGGCUAUCGAUCUAGAGGAGUUGAAGAAGGCCAACCAGCCGGGUGGCUCGACGCACUCCAAGAGUGGACAGGGAGACCUGCCAAUUUAUCCGGCGGAGAGGCCUAAACUGUAUCUUCUGAAGGCAUUUGACAAGCCGGCAGAAGAUGAGGUCAAGCAAGAAGGCGAUGCGCCGAUGAAAGCAAAAGCGAAGGUGAGGAGAAAUGCGGAUGCUACAACAGCGCAAAAGAAAAGGAACCUGGGUUUGCUGCUAGGGGCACUGGAGCUGUUGUAUCAGUCAUGGGCAAGCAUACUGAGCAAAGAAGAACUGGACAAACGUGCUUGGGGAUGGUACGUCCAUGUUCGACCCAACGUGGCUCAAGGAGCUGCGGGUUGGGGAGCAAAGGGCAAUGUGAAGCUAUCAGAUAUUCUGGACUUGCGGAGACCAAGCAAAUAG